UAUCGAAAAAACAACAUAACCUCAAAAUGUUGCUUUAAAAGUCUUAAAAUAAGUUCUUAUUCUUGAAUGUAGUAAUAUUAAAUAAAGAUAAUAAAAAAUGGCUUUGAAAAUGCUUGGAAAUUUGUUAAGAACUACUCGUACGACUUCCAGUCUCGUGGUGGUAAGAUGGAAGAGCUCAGACACAGAAAAGAAACUUACAGUUUACGACCCAUACGUAACAAAACCACAGAAAAAUAAAGAAACCUAUUUAGAAGUUAUAAAAAUGUUCGAAGGACACGAUAUACGACGACGAGGACAUGUAGAAUUUAUUUAUGCUUCGUUAGCUCGAAUGAAAGAGUUUGGUGUAGAAAAGGAUUUAGAAGUAUAUAAAGCUUUAGUGGAUGUACUACCAAAAGGAAAAUUUAUACCGACAAAUAUUUUUCAAGCUGAAUUCAUGCAUUAUCCUAAACAACAACAGUGUGCUGUUGAUUUGUUGGAACAAAUGGAAGAUAAUAGUGUAAUGCCAGAUUCAGAAAUGGAAGAAAUGCUUAUGAAUAUAUUUGGCAGAAGGGGUAUACCACUACGUAAAUUUUGGAGAAUGAUGUACUGGAUGCCUAAAUUUAAAAACCUCAGCCCAUGGUAUUUACCAGAACAUUUACCAAAUGAUACUAUGGAAUUAGCACUGUUAGCUAUACAGAGAAUAACAUCAGUGGAUCCAGACACUAAAAUAAGUAUAUGGCAGACAGAAGAGAUAGAAGCAUCUUUAGAUAAGACCUGGAUAGUGAGUGCUCAGAGCAGAAGUCAGCAGGUGUUACUUGAAGAACAGCCUCCAGAUGAACCGUUAACCAUCAAAGGUCCAUAUUCAGUCUACUUGAGAGAUCAAGUUGUUACUUAUUUCAUCUUAUUUGGUAAGACAAGACCGGAACACAAAGAUGAUAGGGAUUUAGAUGAUGUGUCAAAUAUUGAAAAGCCGCCUGGUAUACCAGGGUUUAUUGGAAAAACUACAUUACCAGCAGUCAAAUGUACAGUACAUGAACAAGACGAUGGGACAAUUGUGGCUGUUUGUGCUACAGGAACAUCAUCAAGAGAUUCUCUCCUAUCAUGGAUAAGGUUAUUAGAGAAGAACGGCAACCCAGUGCUAUCAGAUGUACCAGUCAUAUUCACAUUAACAGCCCCACCAGCGGACAUAGCUAUCCAAGAAACACAACCAGCGGUAACAGAUAAAGAAACGACAAAGUCAUAGUUUAAUGUUAUUUAUUUAUGUAAAUAAACAAUGUUAUUACA